AUGUCCUCGUGUUCGGUCCCCGUACCGAAUGACCUGAUUCGACGUAUGGCUACGUCGUGCCAUGUCCAAAUGCCGAUGAGCUCCAUGCCGGAAUCAACGCAGACCAAUCCCGCGGCACCAAUCUCCUCUCAAUGGGGCUCUGACCCCCACCAUGGGUCCAUGUUGUCUCAAUCUGAAGAGGCAUACGCAUCCCCACCCGAAGUUCCUGCUGACUGGCAGCGAACUAUGGUUCAACGUCGUCCUGUGCCUGCCCGUACGCAGUCGCAAACAAUGUCGGAGAUAGAGGCGCUGGAUACCGAUGGCUCUAUCUUCUCCGAAGGUCAUGGCAUGGACGAUGAGCCACGGCGGCUGUCGGCCAACUCCAGCAGCGCAGAUGCAGCUCGACUAACAAAUGACGAGCAGUGCAGCAUGGAAAAACGACGUCGGCGACGCGAAUCACACAAUGCCGUGGAGCGACGAAGGCGUGACAAUAUCAACAGCCAAAUCACAGAGCCAGUCGCCACAUUGUUGCCUGAAGCUAUGCUGCGUGAUGCGAUUUCCACCUCGACACAGGGUGGCAACAGUGCUGCCUGGACGUUUGGACCUGAUACGGCGGUGAAAGUGGCACAGAACCGAUCCCAAUUUGGCUCUUGGUACAUUGCUCAAUCCUCCACGCAGAGUGGUGACAAGUCGGAUACACCGAACAGCCCGACGGAGUCGCCAUCGCCCAAGGCAGAGGAGUCAGAGGCUGAGUGUGUUCCCAAGAGCUCGUGCCUGCGCAUGAGCUCGUGCACGAGCUUUGCAGCUACACUCGCGCCUGUGAAUGCAGACAACCCUGCGCUCGCCGCAGCGCAGGCCAAGCCGAACAAGGGCAUUAUCUUGCGGAAGAGCGUGGAGUACAUUCGACAGCUGCAGCAGUUUUUGGAUAUGCAGAUGAGCCGAAACGAGAUGCUGGAGAAGGAACUCCGUCAAUUGUACCAUUCUCACUCGAGCGGGACACCGCAUGAGGGCGUGGAUGUGAAAGCGGAAACCUCGACGCAGGAGUCUGUCUCGCCGCAGUCGUGUGACUUGGAUGUACGUUGGAACAUUGAAGAGAGGGACGAUGGACAAAAACCCUCGUUCUCGACCAUGUUCCCAGACACGGAUGUGCGUCCGAUGCUCCCCCUCGCAACGGACGGCGUGGUCCUGUUCCCGUCCAACGUGUAA